CAGCGGGGACAGAAGCGGGACGAGUGCGGAGGCCGGGAGGCUGCGGGAGAGCAGGCGCAGGGAGAGGACGGGCGAGCCCGGGAAGGAGCAGGCGGCGGAGCCGGGGCGGCCUAGAGGCCAGCGGGGCAUCCGGGUGGAGCCACAGCCUCUGCCCACCUGCGUCAUUGUGCCCGCUCUGCUCAUUUCUGUCUGCUGCUCGCCCUUCCGCUGUCGAUCCUCCUGACAGGGCCCGAGGAGAGCAAAUGGGAGGGGCACGUUUGCUGGGAUUCUCUGAACGAAAAGCUGAGUAACCAGUGUUGGAGAGCGUGUGCAGAAAAGGGGACCCUUGUGCGCUGUGUGUGGGAAUGGAAAUCGGUGCAGCCAUUACAUAAAACAGCAUGAAACAAGAUCAGUGUCUUGAAGAGACAGAUGUCUGCACUGCUGUGUGCAUCACUGCAUUAUCAGGCGCAGCCACGAGAAGGAGACAAGAGCUGCUCCUUCACGUACCUGAGGUGGGGCCAGCCGUGAUACACGUCACCUGCACCGGCGUGCAGCACGGAGCACCAGGGUGCUGAGCCGCCUCUGCUGGGGCCGGGGGCCGGGGGCCAGAUUGACUUCUAAGCAUGACUCAUGUUCCCUGCCGCCGAAGCACAGAAAAAGAGGAAGAGCGGGAAGAAGGCUCCCGGAAUGGCUGUUCCUCAGGACGGUUGACCUUCAGGGACGUGGUCAUCAGAUUCUCCCAGGAGGAGUGGGAAUGCCUGGACCCUGCUCAGCGGGCCUUGUACCGGGACGUGAUGCUGGAGAACUACAGGAACCUGGUGUCCCUGGAUGCUUGUUCUUCAGAUGUGAAUAAGAAGUUACAACCAAAAGAUGAUGGUAAUAGAGAAACAUUCCAAACAAUGAUGUUGUGGAGACAUAUAAGCCAUGAAGUCAUAGACUUGUACUUUAGGGAAAUCGAGGAAAAUCCUCAUGAUAUUGAGUGUCAAUGGAAAGAUGAUAAAAGUAAUUACAAAGAAGUGUCUAUAAUCCUUAAAAAUCAUCUCACUGUUAGAAAAAAUCAACAUAGUAGAAGGGAUGCAAGAAAUAAGCCCCUUGAAAAUUGGCUUGGAGUAACCUGUCAGGAUCAACUACCUGUAUUUCAAAAUGAUGGGGAAAAUCAUGAUUGUGUUGAAGUUAAGAAGUCUCUCUGCAGUAAUUCAUUUUCACAACUUCAAAGAAUUCCUUCUAGCCUUGAAGCCAACAAUUCUAAAAAAUAUCAGAAUGGUUUUAUGCAUCCUUCAGUAGAGAUUCAAGAACAGAAAACACACAGGAGAGAACAUUACAAAUGUCUAGACUGUAGCAAAACCUUUAGUCAGGUCUCACACCUGACUAGACAUCAGAUAAUACAUAGGGACAGUAGUAGAGCCGUUAGUUUAAAUUUGAGCCUUAAUUCCCAUGAGGCAGACAACAGUGGAAAGAAACCUUUCAAAUGCAAAGACUGUGGCAAAAUCUUCAGUCAACACUCAAAACUUAAAAAUCACAUUAGAACCCAUACUGGAGAGAAACCUUUCAAAUGUAAUGAAUGUGGCAAAGCCUUUACUGGGGCUUCAAACCUCAGUAUACAUCAGAAAAUCCAUACUGGAGAGAAACCAUAUAAAUGUGACAUAUGUGGGAAAGUCUUCAGUCAGCAUUCAUACCUUGGAAAUCAUCAGAGAACUCACACUGGUGAGAAACCAUACAAAUGUAAGGAGUGUGGAAGAGCCUUUAGUUUGAGUUCAAACCUAACUAAGCAUCUGGUAAUCCAUACUGGAGAGAGACCGUACAAAUGUAUCAAGUGUGGCAAAGACUUCAAUCAAAACUCACAGCUGAAAAAGCACAGUAGGAUCCAUACCGAAGAGAACCCUUUCAAAUGUAAUGAGUGUGGUAAAGUCUUUACUCAUGGAUCAAGCCUUAGCAACCAUCAGUUAAUCCAUAGUGGAGAGAGACCUUACAAAUGUAAUGAGUGCGGCAGAUCCUUUAGGUUGAGAUCAGCCCUAACUAAGCAUCAGGUAAUCCAUAAUGGAGAGAGACCUUACAAAUGUAAUGAGUGUGGCCGAGCCUUUAGUUUAAGUUCGAGCCUAACUUCCCAUGAGGCAGACCACACUGUGGAGAAACCUUACAAAUGCAAAGAGUGUGGCAAAGUCUUCAGUCAAAACUCAAAACUUAAAAAUCACAUGAGAAUCCAUACUGGAGAGAAACCUUUCAAAUGUAAUGAGUGUGGCAAAGCCUUUAGGUUGAGAUCAACCCUAACUAUGCAUCAGUUGAUCCAUACAGGAGAGAGACCUUAUAAAUGUAAUGAGUGUGGCAGAGCCUUUAGGUUGAGAUCAGCCCUAACUAAACAUCAUGUAAUCCAUACUGGAGAGAGACCUUACAAAUGUAGUGAAUGUGGAAGAGCCUUUAGAUUGAGGUCACUCCUAAAUCUGCAUCAAGUAAUCCACACUGGAGAGAGACCUUACAAAUGUAAUGAGUGUGGCAGAGCCUUUCGUGGGAAAUCAACUCUAACUAGCCAUCAGUUAAUUCAUACUGGAGAGAGACCUUACAAAUGUGAUGAUUGUGGCAAAUUCUUCAGUCAAAACUCCAGACUUAAGUACCACAGGAGAAUCCAUACUGGAGAAAAACCUUACAAGUGCCCUGAGUGUGGCAAAGCCUUUACUCACAGCUCAUGCCUCAUUAGACAUCAGAUAAUCCAUUCUGGAGAGAGACCGUAUAAAUGUAAUGACUGUGGCAGAGCCUUUAGGUGGAUUUCGAUGUUAACUAGGCAUCAGGUAAUCCAUACGGGAGAGAGACCAUACAAAUGUAAUGAGUGUGGCAGAGCCUUUAGGUGGAGAUCCAUCCUAACUAAUCAUAAACUAAUCCAUAUUCGAGACAUACCUUACAAAUGUAAAGAGUGUGACAAAGUCUUCAGUCAAAAUUCAAAACUUAAAUAUCACAUGAGAAUCCAUACUGGAGAGAAACCUUUCAAGUGUAAUGAGUGUGGCAGAGACUUUACAUGGAAAUCAGCCCUAACUGUGCACAAGUUAAUUCACACAGGAGAGAGACCUUUCAAAUGUAAUGUGUGUGGCAAAGCCUUUAGGUGUAGAUCAACUCUAGGUAAGCAUCAGGUAAUCCAUUCUGGAGAGAGACCUUACAAAUGUAAUGAGUGUGGUAAAGGCUUCAGUCAAAAUUCAAAACUUAAAAGUCACAAAAGAAUCCAUACUGGAGAGAAACCUUUCAAAUGUAAUGAGUGUGGCAGACUUUUCCGUCAAAAGUCAAAACUUAAAGGUCACAUGAGAAUCCAUAGUGGAGAGAAACCUUUCACAUGUAAUGAGUGUGGCAAAGCCUUUACUAGGGCCACAAACCUUACUACACAUCAGAAAAUCCAUACUGGAGAAAAGCCAUAUAAAUGUGACAUAUGUGGGAAAGUCUUCAGUCAAAAUUCAUACCUUGCAAAUCAUUGGAGAACUCAUACUGGGGAGAAACCAUACAAAUGUAAGGAGUGUGGAAGAGCCUUUAGUUUGAGGUCAACUCUAACUAACCAUCAGGUAAUCCAUACUGGUGUGAGACCUUACAAAUGUGUCGAGUGUGACAAAGUCUUUGGUCAAAACUCACAACUUAAAAAUCACAGGAGAAUCCAUACUGGAGAGAAACCUUUCAAAUGUAAUGAGUGCGGCAAAGCCUUUACUCAAGGAUCACACCUUACAAAACAUCAGGUUAUCCAUACUGGAGGGAGCCCUUACAAAUGUAAUGAGUGUGGCAGAGCCUUUAGGUUGAGAUCAGCCCUAACUAAGCAUCAAGUAAUCCAUACUGGAGAGAGACCUUACAAAUGUAAUGAGUGUGGCAAAAUGUUCAGUCAAAACUCAAAACUUAAAAAUCACAGGAGAAUCCAUACUGGAGAAAAACCUUUCAAAUGUAAUGAGUGUGGUAAAGCCUUUACCCAAGGCUCACACCUUACCAAUCAUCAGGAAAUGCACAAUGGAGAGACUUAAAAAAGAUGUGAUGUGUGAGGCUGAGCCUUUAGUUUCAGAUCAACCCAAAGAAAGUAUCAGGUAAUCCAUACUGGAGAUAAACCUUCCAAAUAUAAUGAGAGUAGCAAUGUCUUCAGUUAGAAAUAAUGCCUUGCAUGUCAUUGGAGGAUUCAUAGUGAAGGUAAGACUUGCAAAUACGGUGAGUAUACCAAAGCACUGGCUCAAGGCUCACACCUCUACACAUCAGAUCAUGCAUUCUAGAGAGAUCCUUUCAAAGGCCACUAAACUUGGCAAGGCUUUUAGUAUUGCCUUAGACACUGGCUUCACCAAAUAGUUACUUACAAAAUCCUAUUAAUGUUGGAAAGUUAAGUUUGUGCUCACUCUUCACUAGAUGAAAGACCAUCCAGGUGCUCACCUCUGGGGCAGGAUGCUGGCAUUCCCUCUUUGAGUGUGUACUUUGCUUUAACUUCUCUUCAGUUUUACCUGCUCAACUGGCUGGUGAAUUCUCUCUCAAUCUGAGACACAAGUUCUCUUGUAGGAUUGAGGUGUCACCUAGAGUGCAGGGAGAUUACCCAAACUGGAAUGCCUGAGAAUAUUUUGGCCACCAUGAAGGGAUUCUUACCAUGGUACUAACAGUCUACUCACAGUCAAGUAAUAUCCUGGACAAAGAACUGUCCUCUGGAGCAUACAUGAACCAACAUACUCUGAUGGACAAAGAAUAUCGAGAUACCACAUGGUCACCUAGACAUUCCUAUCCUACAGAAAAAUCUUCAGCCAGAUAUUAAUCACCAUAUACACCAUGUCACAUGCCAAACCAUUUUCAAAAGGUCCUAUAAGAACCCAAAUCAAAGGCUCGAAAAGAUGGCGUUGUAGAAAGGUAAGGCAAAAACUUCACUAAAAAAACACAUGGAACAUGAAAAUACAGCAAAUACAACACCUGAAAUCAACCUGAAGACUGCAAAGCUGACCUCCUACAUCUGGGAAAAAAGAGAAGACCCUACAGAAAAGGGUAAGGUGGCAAAGCUGCAAUCCAGUGGAUCCCAAUUCCUCCACCCACCAGCCCACAGGUAGGAGGAAGAGGAGCUUGGAAGGAGUAGAAGCCCAGGACCUCUGUACAGCGGGCCCUGGAGAUAAUCCAGGAACAUGAGCCCCUGUUGCAUGGUGUCCUGGUGACUGGUGGGUCUGGACAACAGAUGGGCUGAACACUCAGGCUGAACAUUACCAGCACCCCCUUCAAAGGCACAGCAGGCAGAUAGAUAGACUUCCCAAUAGUGAGGGGUGCCAGAGGGGCAAGGAUUGCACAGUACUCUGUUUAGGGGAAAGGUCGGCUGGACAAUACAUCCCCAGCCUUUCCUCAGCCCAAGAGGUUGGGAGGACUUGGGAGCUUCAGAUGCUCCAUCACCCACUGGCAUCAGAGCCUGGAGACAUUGCAGUGGUGUGUGGCCAGCUGGCUGGCAUUGAAAUCAGUCCUUACUCCCAUGUGGGCAGGGGAGAACCACCAGCCUGCUCAGCACUAUUUUGGGCCAUUCUGGGAGCUCCAUGCAAAAACCAGCCCAGGGACCUGUAUCUUAGGGCAGGCACCAUUCCUGUUUGCCAGUUGCCCCCACCAUUACAACAGGCCUGGUGGAGAGCAGCCUGACCAUGACAGCUCUCUCCCUGCAGUCCUGCACAUGCUCAGCUGACAGCCAGCACAGCUCACCUGGAAUCAGAACACUGUGAGCAAAGCAGGUGCCACACCCACUGCACACUAACUGCUGGGACUCCCACCCAGGAAAUGGAGCUUCUGGAUACUGCAAGGCACCUCCUACUCAAAUCUGUUAUCCCAUAAGAAACACUUUUAAAAAAUGGAGACACGGGAAUUUGGUCUAAACAAAAAUCACAGAAAAAAACACCAGAAAUAGGGCUUAGUGAAACUGAAAUGACCAAUCAUCUCAAAAAGUAUUUCAAAAUAAAAGUGGUAAACAUGCUCAUGGAUUUACAGAAAUGUAUUCAAGAUCUCAGGGAGGACUUCAACAAAGAGAAGUUCGGAAAACUACUUAGAGCUGAAGAAUAUAGCAUCUGAAAUGAAACAUACAAUGGAGGCAUUUAGAUAAGGUAGAAGAGACAGUAAAUGAAAUAGAAAUUAGAGAACAGGACAAGUUGAGUAACAGAAAAAAGAAUCUAUAGGAAUAAAAGAAGAAUAAGCUGUGAACCAUCCAAAUGGAAAAACAUUGAUGUUAUAUGGGUACAAAAAGAGACAGGGAUAGAAAGUUUUUUAUUAAAAUCCCAUCAGGUUAUCAAGAGAUGUCUUAACACAAACCUUACAGGCCAGAGGGAGUGGCAUGAUGUAUUUAACGAAACAGAGGGCCUCCAACCAAGAAUAAUCUACCAGGCAAGAUUGUUUAAAUUUGAAGCAGGGAUUAAACAAUUUUCAGGUAAGCACAAGUUGAGAGAAUUCAUCACCACCAAACCAUUUCUACAAGAUCUAUGAAAGGGACUGCUGUAGAUGGAAAUACUCCUAGGGUACAUAGCUGUCACCAGAGUAAAUAAAACCACAGUAAAGGGAGUAGACCAAUUAGUUUCUAAGCAAAUACAAAAUUACAAAAUUAGUCAAGGGAUUUGCAAAGAGUACAGAAUAUAACAGCUAAUAUAUAAAGUGGAGGAGGAAGAUAAAAGGGACUUUUAGAUUGUGUUUGAAAUAAAGCAAUAAGCAAUUUAAGAUAGAGUGUUAGAUAGUAAGAAAGCUAUCCUUGACCUUUUGGUAACACAAAACUAAAGCCUACGAUGGCAGUAAGUAUGUACCUACUGAUAAUCACCCUAACUACAAAUGGACUGAUUGCACCAAUCAAAAGACACUUGAGUUGCAGAAUGGCUAAAGAAAAAACAAGACCGAUCUAAUAUGCUACCUAUAAGAGAUUCACUCCAAACCCAAAAACACACACAGGCUAAAACUGAAGGGAUGGAAAAUGUACAUCACACAAACAAUAGGAAAAAGGAGAAUCAGUACUCAGACAAAAUAGAUUUCAAAACAAAGUAACAACAGAAAGGACAUUACAUGAUGAUAAAUUGAUCAGUCCAACCUGAAGAUAGAGCCAAUAUAAAUAUCUGUGCACCCAAUAUAGGAGCACCUACAUAUGUGAAAAAAAAAUACAAAAUGAAAAGGGGAAAUAGAAUGCAAAGCAAUGGACACCACAGAAAUACAAAGAAUUGUUGGGAAAUACUAUGAAAAGCUAUAUGCCAACAAAUUGAACAACCUAGAAGAAAUGGACACCUUUGUAGAAAAAUACAACCUUCCAAGAUCCAGGAAGAAAAUUUGAACAGACCAAUAACCAGCAAUGAAGUCAAACUAAUAAUCAAAGAACUACCUAAGAACAAAACUCCUGGCCCACAUGGCUUCACUGCUGAAUUUUAUCAAACAUUUAGAGACCUAAUAGCCAUCCUCCUUAAAGUUUUCCAAAAACUAGAGAGGAGGGAAUACUUCCAAAAUUCAUUCUUUGAGGCCAGUAUAGCACCAAAACCAAAGACACAACAACAAAAAGUUUACCAAUAUCCUUGGUGAAUAUAUAUGCAAAGAUCCUCAACAUAAUAUUAGCAAAUCGAAUUCAAAAAUACAUCAAAAAGAUCAAGUGGGAUUUAUUCCAGGGAUACAAGGAUCAUAUAAUAUUUGAAAAUCAAUCAACAUCAUAUACCACAUCAACAAAAAGGACAAAAGUCACAUGAUCAUCCCAGUAGAUGCUGAAAAACUAUUUGAAAAAUUUUAACAUCCGUUCGUGAUACACUCUCAACAAAAUGUGUAGUAUAGAGAGUACAUUUCUCAACAUAAUAAGGGCCAUAUCCAACAGACCCAGAGUAAACAUCACAGUUAACAGCAAAAAGCUGAAAGCUUUUGCUUGAAGGUCAGGAACAAGAAGACAAGGAUACCCACUCACCACUUUUAUUCAGCGUACUACUGGAGGUCCUAGGCACAGCAAUGCGACAACACAUAGGAGAUCAAAGACAUCCAAACUGAUAAGUUAAACUCACUGUUUGCAACAUGUUAGUAUACAUAGAAUCCCCUAAAGACUGCACCAAAAAGCUAUUAGAACUGAUAACUGAAUUCAGCAGAGUUGCAGGAUACAAAAUUAAUACACAGAAAUCUAUUGCAUUCUUAUAUUCUAACAAUGAGUUAAUAGAGAAAUCAGGAAAACAAUUCCAUUGAAAAUUGCAUCAAAAAGAAUAAAAUAUCUAGGAAUAAACCUAACCAAGAAGAUGAAAGAACCUAUACUCUGAAAACUACAAGACACUCAUGAGAGAAAUUAAAGAGGACACUAACAAAUGGAAAUGGAUCCUGUGCUCAUGGAUAGGAAAAAUUAAUCUUGUCAAAAUGGCUAUCCUGUCUAAAGCAAUCUGCAGAUUCACUGCAAUCCCUGUCAAAAUACCAACAGCACGCUUAAAUGAAAUAGAACAAAUCAUUCUAAAAUUCAUGUGGGGCCACAAAAGACCCCAAAUAGCUCAAGCAAUGUGGAGAAAGAAGAACAAAGCCUGGGGAAUUAUGCUCCAUAACUUCAAGCUCGACUACAAAGUCACAGAUACAAAACUAUUUGAUACUGGCACAAAACCAGACACAGAUUAAUAGAACAGAAUAGAGAGCCCAGAUAUAAACCCAUACAUAUGUGGCCAAUUAGUAUAUGAUAAAGGAGCCAUGGAUAUACAAUGGGGAAAUGAUAGCCUCUUCAUCAGCUGGUGUUGGCAGAACUGGACAGCUACAUGUAAUAAUGAAGCUGGAUUAUUGUCUAAAUCCAUACACAAAAGUAAACUUGAAAUGAAUCGAAGACCUGCAUGUAAGGAAACCAUAAAACUCUUAGAAGGAAACAUAGGCAAAAAAAUCCUGAAUAUAAACACGAGCGACUUUUUCCUGAGUGCAUCUCCUCGGGCAAGGGAAACAAAAAUGAAUAAUCGUGAAACUAAAAAGCUGUACAGCAAAGGACAUCAUCAGGGAAACAAAAAGGCAACCUACAGUAGGAGAGAAUGUUUGUAAAUAAUAUAUCCAAUAAGGGGUUAACAUCCAAAAUAUAUGAAGAACUCAUGCCUCAACACCCAAAAAACCCAAUUAAAAGGUGGGCAGAGGAUCUGAACACAUACCUCCGAAGAAGACAUUCAGAUGGCUAAAAGGCAUGUGAGAAAUUGUUUCACAUUGCUAAUCAUCAGAAAGUGGAAAUUAAACCACAAUGAGAUAUCACCUCAUACCGGUUAGGAUUGCCAACAUCCAAAAGACAAGAAACCAAUGCUGGUGAGGCUGCAGAGAAAGGAGAACCAUCCUACACUACGUGGGAAUGUAAAUCAGUUCAACCAUGGAAAACAAUAUGGAGGUUCCUCAAAAAACUAAAAAUUUAAACACCAUUUGACCCAGUCAUUCCACUCCUGGGAAUUUAUGUGAAGAAAAUAAGCUCCCUGAUUUGAAAAGACAUAUACAGCCCUAUGAUGAUUGAUGCACUAUGUACAAUAGCCAAGAUUUGGAAAAAACUUUAGUGUUCAUCCAUAGAUGACUGGAUAAAGCACAGGUGGUAACAUACAAUGGAAUGUUAUUCAGCCAUAAGAAGAAAACAAAGCAUACCACUUGCAACAAAAUGGAUGGAGCAAGAGUAUUAUGAUCAGUGAAAUAAGCCAAGAGGAGAAAGACAAGUACCAAAUGAUGUCACUCAUUUAUGGAGUAUAAAGACAAAGCAAAACUGAAGGGAUCAACUAGAAGACACACAGGCACCGAGAAGGCACUACUGGUUACUAAAGGGGAGGGAUUGGGGAUGGUGGGUGGGGUCGGAGAAAGGGAUUAAGGAGCACUAUAAUUCACAAUCACCAUGUAGGUAGGUCACAGGGAAGGCUGUACAGCACGGAGAAGACAAGUAAUGACUAUAGCAUCAUACUAUGCUGAUGGACAGUGAUUGCAAUUCGGUGGGGGGGGGCAACAUGGUAAUAUGGGUGAAUGUUGAAACCACAGUGUUGCUUGUGUCAAUCCUUUGUAAGAUUGUAUAUCAAUGAUACCUUAAUUUUUAAAAAUAUAUAUGUCCUAGAGAGAAACCACAGGAAUGCAAUGAAUGUUGUAAGAACUUUGUCCAGUGCUGAAAAUUUGAGGGACAUAACUGGAGCAAUACCUUACACAUGCAAUAAGUGAGGUAAAGCCAUUUCUUUGAAAUCAAAAAUUAUUCAGCAACAUGGAAACCAUAUACAUUUAUGGGCAGAGUGCCUCACCAUGCAGUAGAUGUUAAUGCAUAUCUUUGAGAGAAACCACAGAAAACUGCUUAUUAAGGUUUUUACACAAAGUUCAAAACAGGAUCAUCAGGAUUUAUAUUUUAGAGCAAACCUUGCAGAUGUUGUGGAUGGUGUAAGGCUUUUCCUCCAAUGCCCACACCUUUGGAGGAGUGGGACAGCUUGUAAAGGUCAGAAACUAAACAAACAGACUGAUGGUGGAAGUGUCUUUCAGAGACAGUCAAAUAGAAUUCACCAAAGAAUACAUGGGUGAGUGCUUGCAAAUACAAUGAAUGUGGUCGUCUUUUUAUCAGUUCUCAGAACAGACCACACAUCAAAGAACCCAUAGUAGGAAUAACUGUAUUUAGUUGUUCAAGACUAACCAGAGGUAGUCCAUACUGCAGGAUAAUUGUAAGUUAAAGUGUUAGAAGUCAUAACCUGUCUGUCAGGAACAAGUGCAUAUGUGGAAAUGGUCCAUUAUCUUUAGUGUAUAAAGUAUUUGAGUUCUUGCAACUACAUUACUAACGAGACUGUCAACCUGAAGUUUUUUAGUGAGUUGAUCUUAGGCCUUGCAGGCCUUCCCUAUUGAUUGAUGGGAAGGAAUUGUAAGAUGAAAGGGUCUACUUCAUUAGGUAUAGUUCAUUCAUAUCUAUUCCCUGGGAAAUACGGAUAUUGAGUUAAAAAAUGUAGCACUCUAUGAAUGCGCUUUGGGGGGAGCUAGAGAAUGUAAAACUAUACAUUACCAUGCUUUUUGUGUUGGUGAACCCUUUUCUAGACCAGCCAUGUAAGAAAGGCUUAUAGCAAAGAAUGCUGCACAAGCGGACCUUGAACAGAGGACAUUAAGGACUGGGCUUGAACCGGGUGGAAACUGAUAGGCAACUAGAGACUUUUAUGUGGUAGAAAUAAUGCAGGGGAGAUGGUGGUCGCUUUCUCUAUUGAAUGGCACUGUUCUGUAUCAAGGAUUGAUGAAGAUUUAACAUUUUUCCAGAAGAGCAGUUACUUGGGAGGAGAGUUAGUUUGUAGAACUGGGAUGGUAUGUGCAUGUGUCUGAUUCACAUUUAACUGCUGGUAUCACAUUGCUACUGUUUUUAUUCUCUUGCCUUCUAGGUGUCCUGCUUUCAUUUAUAACAUUUAAAACAUCUUUUAAAACCCGGAAUGAAUCAUGUUCCUUCUACCAGCUCAGCUUUCUCCCACUCUGUAGAGUAAUUGCCCCCAGAAACUGACAGUACACCUUAGCCUCUUAAAGUUCAAGGAAUCUGUCAUAUUUUCCAUGAUUGAAUCACAGAACAUACAAUUUGGGGAUUAUGUACUUAAAAUUUUCACUUGAGUUACUCUCUUCACACUCAGCCACAAGAUAUUUAUGGCUAUAAUGAGAAUACCAUAGUUUGAUUUCACACUGACCCCCUAAAAUUUGCCCCUCAUUCAUAAAUAUGCACCACAACAUUUCUUGAUGUAGUUUUUUCUGCCUAUAUAAAAUCUGUGGUAUGUACCUUGGUUUCUAUAAAAAUGAAAUAGGAAUACAGUACCGAUAUUUAAAAAUUUGGAAAUAAGAUUCAGAAGUAAGGAUAAACAAUAGUCUGUUUUUGUGCUGGGAACACUCCAUGAAGUAAUUCAGGACAAUGUACAGGAGGGAUUUUCUGUUUGUUCGUUUGGUAGAUAAACUGGGAGUUUCAAGUAUUGAAGGCCUUUCUCACUUUUUGUUAAUUUGCACUUGUGACCAUCCACCGGAACUGCAUGGGAUCCCAUCCGUAGGUUCGUUUGGAUGUCAACACUGAUGAUGCCAAAACUAAAGUGGUAGGAGAAUCCCUGUUACAUAGUAAAGGUUGCUGGGGAGAACAGGUCAGACCUCUUGAGCUGCUCAAUAAAUGGCUUGAGUGAACAGGAAGCGGUGACGGGCUCCUGCAGUACGGCGGUUCCUUGGUCCGUCCCUGGGGAGGGUAGGUGCUUGUUUGAGCUUCAGCAGGUACGGAAUGAGGGAGCACCGAGGGCUGGUUACCCAGGUAGGACAGGGGAGGGCUGUAGCGAGGCUUUAAGGUGUCAGUUGUCUGUCAACUGUAAGUGAGCUCAGACUCUCAAUAAACAUUGAAUGUUUACUCUU